AUGGCCGCAUCAACACUCACGAGUAGUUCUUACUACGACCGCCGCUUCGUCGGCCGGGUCCACAGCUACCAAUGGCCCGGCAUCCAGCUGAACCUCUGGAUCCUCAUCAUGCUCGUCGCGUCGUGCCUCAUCAUCGGCGUCUUUGCGUCCUUUAUCGAGAUCCAGAACCAGCUGCUCCUGCCGAUACCAUGGUACUUCCCCUACUACAUCACCGUCGCGUCGCUCGUCAUCAUCUUCAUCGGCCUGCUGCUCUAUCUCGUCUACCAGCGCCGCCUGCUACCCGCCAUCGUCAUGAUUGGCGCGUUCAUCCUGUUCGUGCUGUGGUUUGUCGGCCUCGUGGUCGUGAGCAUCCAGCUCUGGGGGCCGGACGGGUCGGUCUCGAGUACGUGCAACCUUGCCGUGUUCAACCGCAACCCGACGGGCCAGAGCCUGGAUACCCUUGCGUGGCUGCAGCAGAGGAGUAUAUUGUAG